AUGGAGCCGGACCUAGUCCUUGCGUCAGGGAAAUUAUCCACGAAAUAUCACAUAUCCACGGCUACUUUUGGCAUCGUAGCCACUCCCACCUUGAUAGCCAACGUAUUGCUCUUGUUCAUCGUGUUUCGCAGCACAAACUUCCGUGACCUUAGUACCAUGUUAGUGGCUUUUGURAGCAUCGCUGACGUCAUGUAUAUCGUAUACAUGUGUGUUUACAUUGCCAUUCAAUAUUCCCUUGAUGACAUAUCAGACAUAGCGGCCACGAUAGUUAUAACACUGCAAAGCAUACUGCGCAUGUCACCAACAAUUAUUUUCAUAAUUGUGGCUUAUAAUUGGUACAUCGCGAAGUUCAAGCCUAUAGUUUGCUACAAGUUCCAUCAGAUUCCAAACAUCUCGAUAAAAUGCUUUAUGUCAUCAUGGGCUGCAUCUGUUGCAGCUUGUGUUGGGGUUCCCUUUGUAGUGUGCCAUCGAUUCCAAAAGAUCCAUUUUCUAGCGUACUCAGUUUCCAGUUUCUCACUUCAGUUGAUCGCCCUGGUUGUUGAAAUCAUUUUGCAUGCAAAGAAUCUGCUGAGGACAAGUGAGGAACUUGCGAACUGUACAAAGAUAAAUAAUCUGCUCGCCUUCAAUCURAAAAUCACCAAAGUGUUUCUUUUCCUUUUGAUUGCAUACUUCGCUUCAAUUGCACCAAUUUUGCUCUAUCCUUUCUUUGAUAUCCAACUGGGUUUACCAAGCGGUCAUUUCCAUAUUUUCCUUUACCAUCUGACCAGCUGCUUUCCCUGCCUAUUGAACCCUAUAUGCCUUUACUUCAUCAGUCAAAAGUUCCAAGACGAGUUAAGAUGCUUAUUCGGGAUGUCAAAGACCACGAAAAGUCCUAAAGAAUGCAAUCCUAUCGUACCUGAGGCUUUUUCUGCAAACAGAGGAUUCUUUGAACCACGUACUCCUACUUGGCGACAAGGAAACGAAUACUGGAAUCGUGAAGCUAUUUACGGAGAAUACCCCUCUGUAGCUCCACUUAAAGAAACUCCGAAGAAAAAAGAGAAUGGAAAAAAGAAAGACGUACGGUUUUCUGACAUUGUUGAGGAGGUCGAGCCCAUUUCCCCCGCACCUGUAUCUUUAAGAGCAUUCGGAGUAGGCCCGGGACUAUCGGCAUUAUCAAAUGAGCCAGGAGCACCAAGAUCGCCCAAGUUGCAACAUAAACCAAUCAAAAAUCAACAUCAAGCCAGUAAAGUAAAGGACCUUCCCAAAUCAACACAAGCCGACCAAUCAUUAGGUUCUCACAACAUCCCAAAUCAAUUAAUCAGCGCGCUUGAUCUGGGAACAAAGGAGAUGAAAUGGGGAGGCUCUUGGCCUCGCUCACAGACUUCCCCAUACAACAGCUUCGAUGAUAUUGACCUUUCGAGGCACGGACCGGCAAGUCUACUGCAGCAAAAUAAACAAUUCAAACGCAAUCUUAUAAAACGAAGUAGAUCAUGUUAUCACCCUCGUAGGAUUGAUAGUGAUGGCUUCGGCGUUGCAUCCUCCCAGAAUUCAGAAACAAAAGUUCGCAGAACAGUUUCAACGACGAAAACCACAACGGUACAGGUCCAAAUUGAUGUUCAUGAAAAGGAGGAAAUCAAAGAAACAUAUCUAUAGAUAUAAAAGAAAACGACAUCUUCCAUCGCAUAGGACCACAUGCAACGUAAAAACAUGACGUCAAUAGAAAUCGACGGUGUAAGUUUGGGUCGUUAUUGUAAAAUAAAAAUAAUACCAACUAAAAAUGUUUGUUGAA